CUACUGGGUGACUCCAUGACCCGCAGGCACCUCUUGGGACUCGUUAACGGUAUAAAUAGCAAAGAGGAGUCAUGGUCCUGUGGAAAAGCAAGAAACCUGGCCAUCAGUUCAAGACCAGCUGAUCUGACAGGACGUUGGUGGAGUGUUGCGAUGGAGGCCCUCGGCGUAUUCCUUCAUUCCCUUCUGGUCAUUCACUUCUUUCUGCAAGGUUCUGAAGGUUUGGACUGCCCAAAGCACUGGAUGGAAUAUGAGGACUUGUGCUUCGGAGUCAUGGAAUCCCCAAUCCAGUGGACAGAUGCCGAAGCAGAAUGUCAGAUCAAAGGGAAUGGAGGUCACCUUGCCUCCAUCCACAAAGAUACUGAGCUAAGAAUCUUAUCUAAUAAAAUUAAGAACAAUCACCCCGACGUGCAGGAACUUUGGAUUGGACUGCAUGAUUCCCGCAAGACGGACCGCUGGGCAUGGACUGACACGAAUCCAUUCAACUUCAAGCCUUGGAGUGCAGAUAAAGACAAAAUGAAAGGGAAAGGGUUCUUUUGCGCCUACCUGUCCAGGGCAACAGAUUUUAGGACAUUUCAUGUCGGAUGUUGCAAUAAAGCCAGGGCUUACAUCUGUAAGUCUUCGGUGUAAUAAAGGCAUCGGGAAGAUCUGGGUAUGCCACGGAUAUGCUACCUUUACAGUCCGCUUUCUUGAAUAAACCUCUUGCUAGUUUGCAAAAA